AGUGGUGGGAGGGGGGGAGAGAGAGGCAAGGCAAAGCAGGGGUCUCUUAAAGGGCAAGGCCAUGCCUUGGCUUUUCUGACCGCGUCCCUUUGAUCCGAGUAGCCGAGCCGUUCAUGCCGAAGGCGAACUUCUCCGUCGGCGGGCCCGUUUCGUGAGCAAGACAUGCGCCUCCGAUAAUGGAGAUCAAAGACUCGGGCAGCGUGGUUCUGACAGCCUACCAUUCUUACACUCCAUCCCGGCUGCCCGGUCGAGGGGAGGCGAACUUCGCGCCCGGGAGUCCCCCUCCUAGCCGGUCACCUCUCAGGAAAUCCCUUCCUCGAUGCCAAAGAAUUAGCAGAAUGCUCUCCAAUGAAUCUUUGCGUCCUCCUGCAUACAGUCGUUCAAAUUCCCAAGCUUCGGUUGAUAGCACUUCCAUGGAAGAUUUUUGGUAUGAGGUACAAAAUAUCAAUGAGAGCACUGAAGACAGGCAAGAUGAACAAGCUGUUUUAGAAGUUAAGCUUCCCGAUGAAGGGGAACUGGAAGCUGAAUGGUUGCAAGAUGUAGGUCUGUCUACCCUAAUAUCAGGAUCAGAAGAAGAAGAUGGAGAAGCCUUACUGUCUACCCUGACCCGAACUCAAGCUGCUGCAGUACAGAAGAGAUAUAACACUUACACCCAAACGUUGAGAAAAAAGAAUAAGCACACUGUCCGAGAUGUGAGAGAUAUCUUUGGUAUCAAUGAUACUUCUCCUACAUUUGAGGCCAUUCCAGUGUCACCUGUUACAACCAAUGGUAUCCAGCUUCCUGUGCAGAAGCCAGGUUGGAAAAUGGUUAGCUCUGCUAAUCAUCUAGAAUGUGAUAAGGACAGCCCACUGGUGAAAGAAGAGCUAUCAUUUGCAGUUUCAUUCUCAGAAUCAAUAGUCACAAUUCCAAAGCACAGAGAAUGGCAAAAAAACCAAAGGUUUAAAAAGGAUGAAUCUGCUUUGCCUAACUUUAUAAUUAGGAAAAGCCGAAUGGGACUGACUGAAGUUGGAGAUUUGUCUCUUGAUGACAUGAAGAAAAUUCGCUAUCUCUCUCUGAUUGAACUAACAGCCUUCUACGAUGCUUUAGGAAUAGAGCUGAAGAGGAACCGAACAGAAAGGAUGAAAGGACGAGAAAAUGGCCUUUUUGGAGUUCCGCUAACGGUGCUGCUGGAAAAUGAUCAAAAGAAAGUUCCUGGAAUAAAAGUUCCCCUUAUCUUUCAGAAACUGUUGUUGAAGCUUGAGGAAACAGGACUGGAAACGGAAGGAAUUCUUCGAGUGCCUGGAUCUGCCUCAAGAGUUAAGAGUCUUCGCCAAGAAAUUGAAGUGAAAUUUGAUGAAGAUACUUUUGACUGGGAUCAAGUACGCAACAACGAUGCAGCAGGGCUUCUGAAGAUGUUUAUACGAGAACUUCCAACUCCACUCUUCACUAUGGAAUAUUUGCCUGCUUUCAUUACAUUAGUGGAAAAAAUCGCCAGUGUCAAACUGCAGUUGCAGGCGUUGCAUUUGCUGAUCCUGUUGCUUCCGGAUGCCAGCAGGGAUGCAGCCAAGGCACUUCUACAGUUCCUAAAGAAGGUGGUUGCUAAUGAAAGGAAAAACAAAAUGACUUUAUGGAAUGUUUCUAUGAUUGUUGCCCCGAACCUCUUCAUCUACAAAGGCAAACGUGCAAACCAAGAAGAGAUGCUAGCAGCUGCCACCACAGCACAUGUCGUGAGACUUCUGAUUAAAUACCAGGAUAUCCUGUGGACAGUCCCAACGUUUCUGAUUUCCCAGGUGAGAAAGAUGAACGAGGCAGCAAUGAACAAUUCAAAAAAGCAACUAAUGUUUGACAAGGGAGUGCGAAGACUCUUGAGGAGGAAAACUAUGGAGCGAGAAAGGCCAGAAAGGCCAGAGCCUGACAUACCCGAAGGGGUGAUCAGAGUUCACGCUCCACUGCAUUCAAAAGUUUCUAUGGCAAUUCAACUGAACAAUCAGACGCAAGCCCAGGAUAUUGUGGCACGAUUUUACUGUGAAAACAGCUGUGGAUCAUCAGAGAAGGUGAAAAUGCAGAUGCAAAGUUUACAUGAAAUUGGAGGAAAUAUAGGACAGCACUGUUUAGACCCAGAUGCUUACAUGCUGGAUGUUUACCAAGCAAAUCCUCAAGCCGAAUGGGUGAUUAAACCAAAAAUAAGUUGAAACCUGUAAAGACAUUUUGGCUGAACACUUGGAAAUUACCGAAAAGGAUGAUUGGAAAAGCUGGCCUUACCUUGAGCCAUAUUGCCAACAAUGAAGCCAAAGUAACCACUACUCUGCAAGUGUCUUUUUGACAUUAAUUUACUGUUUCUAUCCUUUAGGUGUAUCAUAGAACUUGAGAACUGUUAUUUCAGUUAAUGGUUUGUUAUAAUAAUAAUGAUAAUUUAUUUUGUGAUAAGUACCCUUUGACACUGAUCUUAAACACUGGUGCCACUUUUCAACUAAUAUGAAGGAAUGAAGACAGAAGCUUCUCUUAGCAGGAUUAAAAACUGGAUCCUCUUGUCAUUCCCAUCUUGCCACUUAUAUUUUCAAAGAAGAAAACUGGUGGUAUCCCCAGAACCAAAGAACAACCACUAAUAGCAAGACGUGCAAAGGAAAAAAGGUGAGGCCAACCAAGCACUGUGCCAAAAGUCAUUCCUGCUCAUCCCUGACUAUUCCUUGUCAAACGUCAAUGAUUACAAUACCUUUGACUGAUUUCAUAUUACUACCUGCCAAGGAGAGAGGAGAAAGCUACUGUAUAGAAACGUUUUGACUGUUCAUGUACUGUGCAUGUAUAUAAAUAUAUCAAUAUGUACGUCAUUACAUAUCAGGGCAUUAAUCACAUUUCUCUGGCUUUGCUUAUGUACAAAUUAAUGCUUAAUAAUUAACAGAAGUAAGUUUGAAACAGAUUCCUUUCACAUAGUAGAUUCCUUUCACAUGGGUUGUUCUACAUAAAUGAUUUGAAACAGCUGGAAAACAGAUGAUGCCUAGACACUUGCAAAUCAUUUUAGAAAAGUUUAUGCCCAUACUGCGAAGUGUUCACAGCCUGUUUCUCAAAAGUUUCUAUUGUCCUUAUUGUGUUUGUGUUGUGGGGGGGAAACGAUGUUGUCAUUUAAUUUAGCAUUUUAACAAGCAGGACUGAAAGUAAUGGCCUUGUCUUGCUGCUCGCAGAAACAUGAGAUUGUGGUCUUCGGAUAAGGAAGCGUGCUCUCAGCAAAAGGUGUUAGAAACUGAACACUGGCUAAUGUCAGCCAGCGUUCAGUGCACUCUCCCAUUUGUGUCGGUUGGAAAACUAAGCAUGUUCAAUCCCAUUUAAAAAAACACACAGUCCUUUAGGGUUUAACACAUACUUAGUAUCAACUGGAUUCUGCCCAUUUUGUGGUAAAUUAAGGAUAGCCUUGGGUGGCUAAAAGCAUAAGGCUUCUAUAAGGAGAUACUGACUGUUGCAGUAGAAGAAAGUGGGAUCUACUGCAUGAAAUUAUUUCCACUUUUUAAUAUUUACUUUUCUGUAGUAAUUGUGGUGUGUGUGGAUGUAUACACAUGCACGCUACAUAUGUAUUGUAACCACAGAACCUCAAACAUAUUUAGAUGUUUGAAAAUUCGAAAUAUUUACUGUGUGGUUAAUUCAUUGUAGCUUUUUGGGGGCCAUGAGUUAUAUAAUGGGGGGAGGGAACCCUUGCAUAUUUUGAGGUGUGAGUAGAAAGUAUAUAAGCUCCAUGUUAAGAGACAAACUGUUUUUGUGUAGAUUGCAUAAGCAGCUUGUGACAGGAAGGAGAUUUUGGAGUGAGCCACCAACUCCAUCAGUCCUUGAGUUGCCUAUUACAUUGCAUGAUGGGAAUCCCAUGGUUUUACUGAAAUCAGUGUAACUUACACCAGUAUAUCAAGUUUAGCAUAUAAGUAGACUACUUAAAAUAUUUCAAGGGGUAUAAAGAAGAAAUGGCACAAAAUUUACACUCCAUAAUUUGUCUCAAUUUAUUAUUGUUAUUCAAAGAAGCAGUAUCAAAAGUGUUAAAAGUACUGGAACAUUUUUUUCUCAUUUAUCUGUUUAUGUCUUAAUAUUCCAGACUACCUCAGUGUAUGUUAGAUGCAAAGCUUUUGGGUUUUAUCAGCAUCAAGGCUGACAGCCCACACUUGUUUGUUAUGGGAUCAAGCUUCCUUAGCCACACCUCUGCUCCAGGUGAUUAAUGCUCACAGUGCUUUUCCUGAGUUGCUGCUGCCUGCAUAAUCCCAGUCCAGAGUCUGGUACUGUGCGUGCAGCCCUGGAGUAAGAGGUGAGAUUCUAAUGAUACAAACCUCACAGGUUUUAUGAGCAUGGUUUUCAGUCUUUAUAGAUUGGCACCCAUAAGACGUAGCUUUCAUAGGCUCUACUUCCUCAUUUCUUCACUACAAACCUACCCAGUAUAGUUUAUUUAUAAGUAAGAAUCAGUUGUCACAGAAAAUAAAUCAAGGCAAAACACACUAUCCUAUUAACACUACCUUUCUGUUCUCAUCUGUGCAUCAAUGCUUCCUUUGAUGUUUGUGCACUGCAAUCCUAUUUGUUUGUUUAAAACAAAGUGUUCUUUCACAGGAUCUAUGACAGUAUCAGCUUCCACUAUUUUAAAUGUUUUAGUCCAGAUUCUUGUGCCAAUUUUUCUUCACUCAUUUUAAUAUUACACAUUGAUAAUUACUAUAUUGCAAUUUUUUCAUGAACAAAAUCUGAACAACAGCUGAAUAAACAUCUGAACAGUGUGCUGAAUGAAAACAACACAGAAUCUUCUGCACUUCCAUUUCUAUUUGUAUUGAGUUCAUAUGGAACAAAAUGCCAGUACUGUAUUCCUUUUAAAACAAUUUCCAAACGCAUAUUCUAAUAGCAGCAACACUUAUUUAGAAUGAAAUCUUCUAUAAUGUGUUUCCUUUGACCAUCUGUCAUGAAUGGGUUGAUUGCAGGCACGCCAACUAAAUAGAGGAUUUAGAAAGUGGAACAUGUAUGUACUGAAUCUAGGGCAAAAUUAAAGUGGCAUCAACUAAACCUCUUACAUGCCUUCUUCCUUCCUAUAUUAAAAACAUGGCUUCUUCCAGCAACUGAGCUUUAAAAUUGCUGCAAGGGAUAGUUCUAAUAAAAUGGAAUUUGAUACAAGUUGAUAAAAAGAACAAGAUUCUUAAUGUACCGUUUAUAUAUAUAUAUAUAUA